GAGAGAGAGAGAGAGAGAGAGAGAGAGAGAGAGAGAGAGAGAGAGAGAGAGAGAGAGAGAGAGAGAGCUACAGGUGUGUGAGGUAAGGGAAAAACAUGUACUGAACAGGUGUGGAUAUAAUCAUGAUCAAAUACCUCAGUUCACCUGGCUUCCUCUCUUCCCAUUUUCCUUUCCAUCAACUUUCCCAUUCCCAGACGCAUUAUUUUUUUUUCCUUUCUUUUCCUCUGGCCUCCCAAUUUGCCACUUCCUUCCUGCCAUCAGCCCCUUUCCUUCCUUCUCUUAAUUCCCUCCUUCCUUCCCUCCUUCCUUCCUUUCCUUCGUUCUUUUUUUCUUUUUCUUUCCCUUUUUUACCUUCCUUUUUCUCAUCCCGUCCCACGUUUUUCUUAUCAACAUUUUACAGUCGUACGUACCGUGAAGAAGUGUGUGUGUGUGUGUGUGUGUGUAGCUGUUUUGUUUUGAUAGCCCUGUUUAUUGGUUGCGUUGGAGGGUCGGAGGAGGUGGAGGAGGAGGAGGAGGAAGAGGAGGAGAAGAAUGAGAAGAAAAACAAGAAAAGGAGAUCAAGAACAGGAAGUAGAGAAAGAAAAAGGAGGAGUAGAAGAAGGAAAUGGAGAAGAAGAAGGAAAUGGAGGAGGAGGAAGAGAAGAAUGACUAUGCGGACAAAACUCGAGGGAAGAGAAGAAGAAGGAAAAGGAGGAGGAGGAAAAGGAAGGGGACGAAAGCUGGGGGCGGGGAGACGAAGGAGACAUGAAAGGAAGAAAAGAGGGCGGAGAAGGAGAAUUAGAAGGAAAAGAAGGAGGACCAAGGGAACGAAAGCUGGGAGCGAGGAGAAGGAAGAAGAGAGGGCGGAGGAGGAGAAGGAGAAGAAGAAGGAGAAGGAGGACGAGGGGGAUGGAAGCUGGGGGCGUAUAGCUAAAUCUUGCUCCCCACAAUAUUCGGCGCCACACGGUAACGAAGCAUCUGGGUCACUGACUUCGCCUGUGACACUCGCAAACAAACCCCCGCGGAGCUACAGUGAGGGAGGAAGGAGGGGGAAGGUGUCGAAACGGGUGUGCUUUAUUUAGAUGCAUUUGUUUACUGUUUAGGUUAAGAAGGAAGAGGAAGAGGAGGAGGAGGAGGAGGAGGGAAAUAGGUGAAGGAUUGAGGUUUUGUUUUUAUUUGGUUUGCUGUGUUUUUUUUAUGGUGCUACCUAACGUGUGGGAAGAGGAGGAGGAGGAGGAGGAGGAGGGGACAGGUGAUAAAAUUAGGUCUGUUUUUAUUUAGCUUUCAUAGUGUUGCAAUGAGGAGGAGGAGGAGUAGGAAGAAGAAGAAGAAGAAGAAGAAGAAGACGAACAAGAACAAAAAGAAAAAGAAAAACAAGAGCAAGAACAAGAAGACCAAGAAGAAGAAGAAGAAGAAGAAAAAGAAAAGAUGGAAGGGUUCGGGAAAGAAAUAUGGGUCUGCUCUACCUUCUGUUUUUCUGUCAUUACUCUGCCGUGCGUUGGCGUGAAGAGAAGGCGCCCAAGGAAGUAUGCCAUUAUUCCCUCUUUUACUUCCUCCCUGAUAAACACGCCAAGGUGAACGGGCUCGCUUGGUUGCCUGCCCUCCUGUGUAUCUGUCCUCUUUGUACCUUGAGGAGUGAAGAAAGAAGAAUAGAAAAAAUAUACGAGAGUGGAUGUGUGUGUGGGGUUAAUGUGGGUGUUUGAGAACUGCUAUGGACUGUAGACACCUUGAUUUUGAGUCUGUAAUGAGGUUAAAUGAGGUUAUAUAUAGUUUAAACUCUCGCUACCUUUUUCAUACCUUUAGAAGAGUGGAUGUUUACGAGGCGUCAGUGUGAGUGUUUGAGAACUGCUAUGGACUGUUGACACCUUGAUUUUGAGUCUGUAAAGAGGUUAAAUGAGGUUAGUUUAAAUUCUCGUCUCCUUUUUCGUACCUUUAGAAGAGUGGAUGUUUGCGUGGAACCAGUGUGGGUGUUCGUGGAGUGAGUAUGGGCCGUUGACCGUAAAAGGGUUAAAAGUGGUUAGUUUGCUGCCCUCGCCUCCUUCUUUUUUUUUUGUACCUUGAGAAUAGCGGAUGUUUGUGAGGAGUUACGUAUAGAGAGACUGUUCGUGUACUUAGUUUGAAUUGUGAUGGUUUGUUUCUUCUUCUUCUUCUUCUUCUUCUUCUUCUUCUUCUCCUUCUUUUUGCUUUUGUUCUUGUUCUUGUUCUUUUUGUUGUUGUUCUUGUUCUUGUUAUUCUUCUUUUUCUUGCUCCUGUUCUUCAUCCUAUCUUCUCAUUUUCGUCUUCCUCCUCCUCCUCCUUCUCCUCAUCCUCGUCUUC